AUGCCUGGUGGCAGGGAGGACGAGAUUUGCCAGAAAGCGCUGAAGCUGCUGGUCGAGCUCUGCUCGGACGGGACGGUCGAGAACGACCGAUGCCUGGAGUUCAACUACUACCUGCGGGACAGCGGCAGACCCCGGCCCACAGACUCCGAUAUCACAGUGAGUUUGCUGUCCUUAGUUGUCACAGCAUGUGGACUUGCUUUGUUUGGGGUGUCUCUGUUUGUGUCCUGGAAGCUUUGUUGGGUUCCUUGGCGAGAACGUGGCCUGACUGGAAACAAAGUCAAGCAGGAAUCCCUGAACUAUACAGAUACAGAGACCAAUGACUAUGAGUAUAGCGAGGAUUACCUGGGACAGCCUACUUCCUACCCUGACUCUUCCAUGAAGAUUAGCCACACUUCCCCUGACAUUCCAUUGGAUGCUAAAACAGGGACCAAGGAGAACUGUGUGCACAAUGUCCGGAUGCAUCGACAAAUCACAGAACCAACGCCUUCUGCUCGGCAUAAUUCAAUACGAAGGCAGCUCAAUCUCUCAAACCCAGACUUCAAUAUCCAGCAGAUUCAGAAGCAGGAUCAGUUGACAGGGCUUGGGCGCAUCAAGCCAGAAUUGUAUAAGCAAAGAUCGGUGGACACGGAUGAUGGGCGGAGAAAUAAUAGCAAGUCUUGUGGGAAACUCAAUUUUAUUGUGAAAUACGAUUGUGACUUAGAACAACUGAUAGUGAAGAUUCACAAAGCUGUCAACCUGCCAGCAAAGGACUUUUCUGGGACUUCAGACCCCUAUGUCAAGAUCUAUUUACUUCCAGAUAGGAAAACAAAACACCAAACUAAAGUGCAUAGAAAGACCCUAAACCCAGUAUUUGAUGAAGUUUUUUUAUUUCCUGUUCCUUAUAAUGAUUUGAGUACAAGGAAACUCCACUUCUCUGUAUAUGACUUUGACCGAUUCUCCCGGCAUGACUUGAUUGGCCAAGUGAUAGUGGAUAAUUUUUUAGAUUUGUCGGACUUUCCCAGGGAGUGUAAUAUUUGGAAGGACAUUGAAUAUGGGGAAGAAACUGACAAAGUGGACCUUGGUGAAUUGAUGUUUUCACUUUGCUAUCUUCCAACUGCUGGUAGACUAACUAUUACUAUAAUAAAAGCAAGAAAUUUAAAGGCAAUGGACAUAACAGGAGCAUCAGAUCCCUAUGUGAAGGUUUCAUUAAUGUGUGAAGGGAGACGACUGAAGAAAAGGAAGACUUCCACCAAAAGGAAUACCCUCAAUCCUAUUUACAAUGAAGCCAUAGUCUUUGAUGUCCCUCCAGAAAACAUUGACCAAAUUAAUUUGUCGAUAGCUGUUAUGGAUUACGACCGUGUAGGUCACAAUGAGGUUAUUGGAGUCUGUCAAGUAGGCAACGAUGGAGAAAGCCUUGGGCGGGACCACUGGAACGAAAUGCUCUCAUACCCUCGGAAACCCAUUGCUCACUGGCAUCCGCUUGCAGAGUGGGUUGGGCAAGGAACUGCAGCUGGAAGCACACCGGGGUCCUGCAAUUCUCUCAAAGGGCCUCCGUCUCCAUGAAGGAAUAUGAACUAUAUAAACCCAAAUGGCUAUGAUGGGACCACAUUCAGGAAGGAUAACAACACGGAUGCACACCUCAACUGCUAAAUAGGCUAACAAACUCGAUACAGACAAGGCAUGUAUAGAAGAUGGACUGU